AUGCGUUACGAUGAUUGGGAUGUGAUCCUCUUUCCUCGAGACUCCCAUGUUCCAAUUCAGGAGUUCAAGACUGCUUGCUUUGUCUCGCAAGUGGAGUACGGGCGCCAACUGCCGACAUUAACCUGCUUCAUCAGCUCACUGCCACCCUCGACCCCAUUUCGUAUCUCACUUCAUUCCUGGCGUCCCGCUUUGAAAGCCUCAGCGCUCCUCGAGUCCCGACGCAAAAACAAUCAAAAGGUAGUUUUCAACGUCCAGGUCAUUGUGGGCGAGGCCAGACUCUUUCACGGCUUCUUUGACUUGAAUACGAAAUGGCCUCAAGAGAUUGCCUACGAGAAAAGGUCGCUCACCUUCAAUGAUCUACCUACGAGCCAGCGGAAACGGCCUCUUGAGUUCCCUCCCUUCCACAAUCUUACGCUCAAGAAUAACAUUUGGGAUGCUCGUGAUCCAUAUGGGCGCAUACGAGUCGUUUUGUCAGAACAGCUAGUCAGCAGCAUGCCAAGUCCUGGGAAAAUCUAUGGUGGAAUAUGCUCAAGCGACGUAGAUAUCCUCCAGCAGACCGGAAUCUCGUGGCCGAUCUCGAACCCGCUCUACCUCCCGGAUGCGUUUAAUCGGGACAGCCAGUGCCCUCAGGCAUCUCCAGCAACUUCGUGGACCCCUGAUGCGCAUCUUUUUAGAGUAAACAUGCAUAUGCUGACUCCACAAUUGCAUAAUGCACAACCCAUGUUCGCGAGAUCGAAUGAUAGCAAGCCCAAGCGACUAUCCAACGCGCACCUGCCACCUGUUCCACACUUUCCAAAGCAUUCUGUUGCCCCCAAUAACCACACUCGUCGUGAAACUACAUGGGAUGAUACAUUCAGCACGCUCAAUUACACUGGCGAAACCGCCAGCACAGAUAACUGGUCAGAAAAGAGGAAGACAUCCGCGUCGUCUGAUCACCCCAUGCUGAAUCACAUGUACGACUCACAUACAUCGACCAAUGGUCUGCCAUGGAUGGGUGAUAUAUCUCAGCACGUUCAGAGCGAAAGUAUAGACUGGGAUGAUUAUUCAAAAACCCGAAAAGAGAAGCCGUUUGUCGUUACGCUUCAGGAUACUCAGUUGGGCCAGAUAAUUGAUGCAAUCAGCCCACCAAAGCAUGAUCGUGAGAUUUCUCGGACACCUGGUGGACCGUUUCAUGAGCCAGUUAGUCACCAAGCCACUUAUACUUACUAUCCACCGAAAUUUGGGACUACUCCGUCGAUCAAGCGUCCGUCCUCUGGGGUUCUGGCUCACAAAUCAUCUUAUCAAGAUUCCAGCAGUGUCUUACGAAACGCCUCGAACAAGCCUUCAUCACAUAAACAUCACCCCCAAGACGAUGGGAAAGACAGAAUGCCUACAAGGCCACGCCCGUCUAUCCCAAAUAACAAGGAAGAUAUCGUGUCAUCGCAAUUGCGAUUGCCAACGCCGUUUCCCCAUGCCAACCGCGUUCCAACGCCGAACCCUUUUGCUCAGGGGCAGCCAGCAACCAUUUCGGAAUUGUCAAUGAGAGAUUGGUCCUCAACUCAAACAAGCGCACAUCGUGUCAACCGAGGCGAGACGCCACAGUCAGCCACCGGAUUCAGCAGUCUCGGCUCGGCUCAUGGGCCGUCAAAUUUUAUUUCAAGGAGCAAAAAGGAGGGCUUGUUAGUGUCUGAUUCACCAAAGCUGUUAGAUCAAGCAACUCGGCAAGAUGAGUGUUCGAUGCCGACAGCCAGUCCGGAUUCUCAAGUGGAACAAAGCUUUGUUCAAAAAGCACAUAGCAAUCCUACCCAAACCGAUCAAAAAUUUAUACCUGGAAUAGUAGAGAUCAUCGACAUCGAUGCUGUCGACCCCAGUUUAGAGACGACUGCGGCAGUAGAUACCAGCAAACUCUCGCCGUUCAAACCCAGCCACAAGUCUCGCAUCUCGCAAUCAAGCAUCGAUAGUACGGGUCGUCUGGAAAGACAGUUGUUUAGUGCUCUGGGGGAGGAGCUUGGGAGUUUUGAUCAUCACCAUCAUCAUCAGAUGGAUACUACGGAUAGGGGACCUGAGUUUAUGCAUGCUCUGACUGGUGAUGCGAGGACGAAUUCCGAGCUCACCGGUUCUGCAAUUCUUGGCUCGACUACGACCGACUUUGAGCCGACAGUCAAACGGAAGAGACAAGGCACGCUGGGUGGAGGCAGUAGCGGCAGUCCGAUGAGUAAGAAGGAGAAGGCUGAUGGAGCGGAAACCAAGGAAAAGAGGGAGGUAGUAGUGGUCAGUAUGAGAGGAGACUGA